CACAUUCAAGUUCAACAAAUCACUCUUCACUCCCAUCUUCCAGAACACAACACAAAACAAAGCAUCUUCAAUAAUUCAUCGCCUCUAUUAUUAAGUAUAGUAAACACGCUAGUCUAUGGGGAACGCUAAUUCUUGUUCUUGUAUUUGUAUCCCUAAUGGUGCUAUUUUGAAAAAGAUAAGAAAAGGAACGAAAACAGCGAUGCUGUUGGACAGUGAUGAGAACCCUCGGGAGAUCAAGCUACCCGCAACAUCGGGGGAGCUCAUGAUCCAAGAAUUCGGCCAUGUCAUCACUCCGGUCGACGAACUCCGUAGAACGGGACGGGUUUCGGCUUUAUUGGCCGACGAGGAACUUGUAGCCGGUAAGGUUUACCUGCUACUGCCGGUGAAUAGGGUCAAUUCGAAGGCUUCAGAGUUUGAGAUGGCUCUUGCGGAAAAACAGAGUGGCCACACAAAGAGGACGAGGGGUAAUAAUAUGGCGAAGGUUUCACCCUCUGUGUGUCCGAGGUUUGGGAACCAAGUACGAUGGAAUCCCGUUUUGGAUCCUAUCUUUGAAUAAUAGAAUCGCCCUCAUCUCUCAACCAAUUUGUCUUCCUCCUGCACUUCACACUUGACACUAUUGUGUGUUCAUUUUUUAUUAACUUUCAAUUAAGGCUUUUUCUACACUAACAUGGAAAGAUGGAUGGAUCAAAUUCAUUUAGAAUUUAGAUGUCGACCAAUAUUUGUUAAACUCCUGGUUUAUUCUCAUGGAUUUCGAUUUUGUUCUUGCCAACUAUAUAUAGUUUGUUUCUUCUCACUUCCCAGCACCUUGUAGUUUGUACAUCACUUUUCUUCUCUUUGGUUUCCUCCCUAGUAGGUCCAAGUUCAUAUUUAAAAUGUGGAGCGAUGCUAAUAAUACAUUUUAUGAUUGGUUAAAUUUAUUAAA